AUGGGUAUUCGAAACUCUCUCGAUACAUGGCAAACGGUGGCAGCUCGCAAACAAGCAGAACGACAACAUAAAAUUCCACAAGAAUGGCUUCUUCCACAAGCUCUCCUCCCCGACGACGCAUCCACCGAUAAUGAUAAUAAUGAUGUUUCAACCUUUCCCUCCACCUCAGGUUUCUUCACCCCUCGCGAACUGGAAUUGACGAAUGCGACGGCUUCGGAAGUCGUUCGGAAAAUUGCCAAGCGAGAAUGGACUUCGCUGGAAGUCACGCGAGCCGUGUGCAAGCGUGCUGCCGUCGCGCAGCAAUUGGUGAAUUGCUUGACGGAGAUUUGUUUUGAUGACGCUUUGCAGAGAGCGGAAGCGCUCGAUCGGAAAAUGAGUGAGAGUGGACCCGUGGGACCUUUGCAUGGUUUACCUAUUAGUCUCAAAGACCAGUUUCAUGUGCCUGGUCUGGAUACGACGAUUGGAUAUAUUUCUCGAGCGGAGGCCCCUAUGCGAACGGCUUCGACGCUCGUGGAGUUGCUGUUGAAUGCGGGAGCGGUCUUGUAUGCGAAGACGAAUGUUCCUGCGACGCUGAUGUCGGGAGAGACGGUGAAUAACGUCUUUGGUCGUUCUUUGAAUCCUUAUAACCGCAAGUUGACUCCCGGUGGGUCUUCAGGCGGUGAAAGUGCUCUGGUGGCAUUUGGUGGCAGCUAUCUCGGCGUGGGAACGGACAUUGGUGGUUCUAUCAGAAUGCCAUGUCACAUGACAGGCAUCUUUGGGCUGAGACCUUCGCACGGCAGAGUCUCGUAUCAGAAUGUGGGAAACACGUACGUGGGCCAAGAAGCUGUAAUUUCGAGCGCUGGGCCCAUGUGUCGCUCGCCCGAGGAUAUUCGCCUCUUCAUGACCAGCGCACUGGCGCAGAAGCCAUGGCUGCAAGACCCGCAAUGCCUACCCAUGCCUUGGCGCACAGAGCACGAGAUCCUGCCCAAGAAGCUGUGCUUCGGCUGGAGUCUAGACGACGAUCGAGUCCAAGCGACGCCACCUGUCCGGCGAGCUCUCGAGAUAGUCCGCGACAAGCUGCUCGCCGCCGGCCACGCAGUGAUUGAAUUCAAACCCCACGAAAUGCUCGAAGCGCAAGACAUUUCCCAAAAAAUGUUAACAGCCGACGGCGGCGAAGAAUUUCAACGCGAGACCCAAGUCUUUGACGAGCCUUUGCAUCCCGAAGUCGAAGAGUGGCUCCGGAAAAGUGCUAUUGCAGCCAAAACGAGCGUUUCGGAAACUUGGCAGACUCAACAUCGUAGGACUUUGUUUGCUCAACGAUGGUUGCAGAGAUGGGAAGAAACUGCUGAUGUGACGGGUACGGGACGGCCGAUGGAUGGUCUUAUUAUGCAGACUUUGCCUUUCCCUGCUGUUAUGCAUGAUAGCAAGUGGCCCUCUUAUCACGGCGCUCUGUCGCCUUUGUUGGAUUUGACGACGGGUUCUUUUCCUGUGACGAGGGUCGAUCUUGGAAUUGAUCGUGUGCCUACGGACUGGCAUCCUUUGUCUGAGACGGAUCGAAACGUUAUGGAAUUUUAUGAGAAACGUGCCAUGUUUGAGGGAAUUCCCGUCGGUCUCUCCCUCGUCGCGAGACGUCUCGAAGAAGAAAAAGUUGUGGCGAUGCUGCAGCUGAUUACUGAUGUUGCUGGACUGCAUCAUGUUUGAUAGAAGAAGAAGAAGAAGAACUAGAUGGAUUUUUUUUGGUUCUUCUUUUUGGGUAAGGUAGAUGUGCGAAUGAUCUUUUAGACAUAUAUAUCUAGAUUUAUGAGUGCGAAAUACUAAUUGAUA